AUGGGAUCGAUUAUAUCGAACAGCCAAAGCGCUUUUGUGAAAGGCCGCUACAACCUUGAUGGGGUGGUCAUACUUAACGAAUCAAUCAUGGAGGCGAAGAAGAAGAAAAUGGGGAGAACUUUCUUCAAGAUUGAUUUUGCAAAGCACAUGGAGAAAGUGGAUGAAGGGGUGUUUGUCUUCAGCCUCGGAAAGUAUACUGGUGAACGGGUCGUCUACCAAAGAUUUCAAAAUGGAGAGGGGAUUGAGACAAGGAGAUCCAAUGUCUCCUUUUUGUUUUUGAUUAUCGCGGAAGGGCUCAAUGCUUUGGUCGAGAGAGCAAUUGCUAGGGAACUGUUGGUUCCCGCCAAGAUAGGGAAUGAUAAGAUUCAGCUUGCUCUAUUACAAUACGCCGAUGAUACGAUUUUUAUCGUGGACCCGGAGGAGAGGAAUGUAACUGCAAUGAGGAAUAUCUUGUUGUUGUUUCAGUUUAUGUCGGGCCUUGCAGUAAACUUUGAAAAGAGCUCACUAAUGGGAGUGGGGAUGGCCGAAGAAAGAUUGAGAGGUGGGCGGAGAUGCUUGGAUGUAGAGUGGGCUCUCUCCCCUUUAGCUAUCUCAGCAUAA